AUGGACACGGGGGAGCACGGUCGUGCGCCCUCCUCCGCUUCGUCCUGCCACAACGACCGGCAAACAAUUUCCUCCCUUAUUCAGUACGCCCAGACGAACUACGAGCACAAUCCGACGGAAGCUCUUUCGGCACUCAUGCAGGCAUUGGCAUUAAACUCGGGACCAGCCAGUGCCAAUGAUGCCAUGAAUCGGCUACGCGACGAACUUGGUGAUGAUAUUGUGUCACACGUCGGAUCACGACAGGCGCGAAUGCAACGAGCCUUACAAAUUGUACAGGAAUUGGUGACGGACGAAUCUUCCUUGCUUUACCAACUUGGUAAGCAAGAUAUUUUGAGACAAGCCAUGGAAGACGCAUCAUCUGUCGUGUGCACACGGUGCCAGGCGGUAGUGUCGAACGCCCGGUGGCAGCAGCAUCAACGCUUGUGGUGUUCUGCCAUUAUUUCCACCGGAAUCUCCUCCGACGAAGACACCGACAUGAGUACAGUCUAG